AUGUUGGUCCACUUCUGGCUUCUCUGUGGCCUGAGUGCUGUUGUGGCCCCUCAGAAUGUCACACAAGAAGCCCAAGAGUUUUUAGAAGAGUUUAACAGGAGAGCAGAAAAUAUCAGCUAUGAGAACUCCAUUGCGUCAUGGAACUACAACACCAACAUCACUGAGGAGAAUGCCAAUAAAAUGAGCCAGGCAGGUGCCAAGUGGUCCGCAUUUUACGAGGAGGCCUCCAGGAAUGCCAGCAACUUCCCAGUAGACAGCAUCACAGAUGACCUCACCAAGCUCCAGAUCCAGACUCUCCAGGAAAGAGGAUCAUCUGUGCUAUCAUCAGAAAAAUAUAACAGACUGAGCACUGUGCUAAAUACAAUGAGUACCAUCUACAGCACUGGGACUGUCUGUAAAACCAACAAUCCAUCUGAGUGUUUGGUGCUGGAGCCAGGUCUGGAUGCUAUUAUGGCUGAGAGCACUGAUUAUAAUGAGAGACUGUGGGCCUGGGAAGGCUGGAGGGCUGGUGUUGGCAGGAUGAUGAGACCAUUAUAUGAAGAGUAUGUUGAACUUGAAAAUGAGGUUGCAAGGCUUAAUGGUUAUUCUGACUAUGGAGACUACUGGAGAGCAAAUUAUGAAGCAAAGUCUCCAGAGAAGUACAAAUACAGCCGUGACCAGCUGAUUGAAGACGUGGAGAAAACAUUUGAGCAGAUAAAACCUCUGUAUGAGCAGCUGCAUGCCUAUGUGAGACACAAGCUGGGGCAAGUGUAUGGCCCUGAGCUCAUCAGCACCACAGGAGGCCUCCCUGCUCACUUGCUGGGUGAUAUGUGGGGUAGAUUCUGGACAAAUCUCUAUGCCUUGACUGUUCCCUAUCCAGCCAAACCAAACAUUGAUGUAACUUCUGCAAUGGUUGAAAAGAAAUGGGAUGCAAUUAAAAUAUUCAAAUCUGCUGAGGCCUUCUUUGUUUCCAUUGGCCUUGAUCCCAUGACUGAGGGCUUCUGGGAAAACUCCAUGCUCACAGAGCCGACAGACAACAGGAAGGUUGUGUGCCAUCCUACAGCAUGGGACCUGGGCAAAAACGAUUACAGGAUCAAGAUGUGCACCAAAGUGACCAUGGAUGACUUCCUGACUGCACACCACGAGAUGGGCCACAUUGAGUACGACAUGGCAUACGCAGAGCAGCCCUACCUGCUCAGGAGUGGUGCCAAUGAGGGCUUCCACGAAGCUGUUGGUGAAAUUAUGUCACUUUCUGCAGCCACUCCUCAGCACUUGAAAUCUCUUGGUCUCCUAGAGCCAACUUUCCAAGAUGAUGAAGAAACUGAAAUCAACUUUCUUCUCAAACAAGCACUAACGAUUGUUGGAACAAUGCCUUUUACUUACAUGCUGGAGAAGUGGAGGUGGAUGGUGUUUAGGGGUGAGAUUACAAAGCAGGAGUGGACCAAACGGUGGUGGGAGAUGAAGAGAGACAUAGUUGGUGUUGUGGAACCAGUCCCUCACGAUGAAACCUACUGCGACCCGGCCACACUGUUUCAUGUGGCCAACGAUUACUCCUUCAUAAGGUAUUACACCCGCACCAUCUAUCAGUUCCAGUUUCAGGAGGCACUUUGCAGGGCAGCUAACCAUAUUGGCCCUCUUCACAAAUGUGACAUUACCAACUCCACUGCAGCUGGGCAGAAACUCAGACAGUUGCUGGCAGUAGGGAGAUCCAAUCCCUGGACUCAAGCACUGGAAAGUGUAACAGGAGAAAAAUACAUGAAUGUAGCUCCCCUGCUCCACUACUUUGAACCUUUAUAUGAGUGGCUGAAAAGGAACAAUUCUGGCAGAUUCAUUGGCUGGAAAACAGACUGGGCUCCAUAUUAUAGCAAUGCCAUCAAAGUGCGCAUCAGCCUGAAGUCAGCUCUGGGGGACCAGGCGUAUGAAUGGGAUGAGAACGAGCUCUUCUUGUUCAAGUCAUCUGUCGCCUAUGCCAUGAGAAAAUACUUUGCAAAGGUGAAGAAACAGGAAGUUGACUUCCAAAUUGCAGACGUUCAUGUCAGGGAGCAGACACAAAGGAUCUCCUUCUACAUUACUGUCAGCAUGCCAGGUGAUAUCGGUGAUCUUGUGCCCAAAGCUGAUGUGGAAAAUGCCAUCAGUAUGUCUCGAGGACGAAUCAAUGAGGCUUUCAGACUGGAUGAUAAUACACUGGAGUUUGUGGGAAUACUUCCAACCCUGGCUGCACCCUAUGAACCACCAGUAACCAUCUGGUUAAUUGUAUUUGGGGUGGUCAUGGGUCUGAUUGUCGUUGGAGUUAUUGCCUUGAUCAUCACUGGGCAAAGAGAUCGCAAAAAGAGAGCAAGAGAAAGCAGAGGUGAAGCAGGAUCAAAUCAUGAAGAGGUGAACCCUUACGGAGAAGAGGGAAGAAGCAACCUGGGCUUUGAGCCAGCUGAAGAGACACAAACAUCAUUUUAA